AUGCGGAGAAAAAGCACUGGACCAAUCCAUAUGAACAACGUCCAGUGUAUGGGCAGUGAGCGUUCUAUUCUGGAUUGCUUCUUCCAGGAGGUGCAGCCGUGGACAUUCAAACACAGUCAGGACGCCUCAGUCCGAUGUAACGUACCAAAGACUGGCAAUGAAAAAACGGUGCGACUGGCAGGAGGCAGAGUCCCAUCUGAAGGCCGAGUGGAGGUGUUGAUGGAGGUCGGAGGCAGAAAGCGCUGGGGCUCCGUGUGCAGCGAGAACUGGGGCAUCGACGAGGCCAUGGUGGUGUGUCGACAGCUCGGACUGGGCUUUGCUGCCAGUGCACAUGAGGAGACAUGGUAUUGGCCUGGUGACCCAAGUGCAGAGGAGGUGCUCCUCAGUGGUACUCACUGUGUGGGCACAGAGCUUUCCAUUCAGCAGUGUCGCCGUAACAACCACGUGCACUGUCCCAGAGGAGGUGGAACAAAGGCGGCUGGAGUCACCUGCUCCGAGACUGCUCCUGACCUGGUGGUGGAUGCUCAGCUCGUUCAGGAGACCACGUACUUGGAGGACCGGCCUCUGCACCUGCUUACCUGUGCCAAUGAAGAGAACUGUCUGUCCUCCUCGGCAGCGCGCAUGAACUGGCCCUACGGACACCGCCGCUUGCUGCGCUUCUCCUCACGCAUCAUGAAUCUGGGCCGCUCCGACUUCAGGCCCAAAGCCUCAAAGGAGAGCUGGACCUGGCACCAGUGUCAUAGGCACUACCACAGCAUCGAGGUGUUCACACACUACGACCUGCUCACGCUCAACGGCUCUAGGGUUGCUGAGGGACACAAGGCCAGUUUCUGUUUAGAAGACACUUACUGCCCUGAUGGCGUUCAGAAACGUUUUUCCUGCUACAACAUGGGAGACCAGGGCAUCUCGGUGGGCUGCUGGGACACAUAUCGCCAUGACAUCGACUGUCAGUGGGUUGAUGUGACUGACGUACGCCCGGGGGACUACAUCUUCCAGGUGGAAGUGAACCCCUCGAUGGACAUGGCUGAGUCUGACUUCAUGAACAAUGUAAUGAGAUGUCGCUGCAGAUAUGAUGGACAGAGAGUUUACAUGUACGGCUGCCAUGUUGGGGACGCAUACAGUGCAGAAGUUGAGGAUCUGUUUGAGCAUCAGAGACAAAUCACCAAUAACUUUGUGUAGGAGUUCUGUGGCAGUGAAGAGGGAGCAAAAAACACUCAGGGGGAGGCUGGGGGCUAGAGGAAUCACAGACAGCACAGAAACUGUCUGUCCACAAAGUUUGUUCUUCGCAGAUGUGGAUUAAACUGAAUCAUAAUGAAGAAAGGACCAUUUGAGGUGAAUCGCACUGACAAGAGAAGAACAGGUGCAUCUCCUUUUUAUGUUUUUAUUUCAGUGAAAAGACUGAAAAUGGGUGAAUGUGGAUGACUGGGAAUUCAAAGGACAAUGAACUAAAGAGGAUGAUACAGUAGAGGGACUAUAGUGAUCACAAUGUUUACCAUAAAAUAUCUGCCGUAUAUCAAGGUGCAAAGCCGAUCACAUGACACAUGCAUAAGUGGUGUUAGGUACUAUAUAGUAAGCAUAAUCUAAAAUCGUGUAUUCUAUAACUGUAUGAUUCAACUUAAAUUGGUGCUCUUUAUCAAUACUGCAAAUCUAAAUGUAUUUGAAGUGAAAACUGUUUUGUUUUAUUUUCGUUUACUCAGAAUUAUAGUUUUUUAUUAGUGCUAAACUCUUGAUCUAUUGUAUCCUGUAGUCAAGUAAUGUUCAUGAAAAAGCACUUUAUUAAGUCAGUAUUUUAAAUUUGUCCCAAUAUGUUUAGUCUCAAUGAUACAGAUUGCUAUUGAGGUAUUAGGAUAUUUUACAUGUUUUCACUUGUUAACUGUAUGUUUUCAUUUGCAAUGUUCUAUUUAUAGAGUAACUUUAUUUAUUCACAGCACUCAAUAAGAUUUUAUUUACAAGUGUCUAAUUUCAAGACCAUUUUUAAAGCUAUAGCAGAAAACUGUUCUCACAGUUGUAGGGUGUAUUAACUUUCCAGUGAUGCCUAUGAUUUUUUGAAGUUUGCAUUUUAUUUUACAUAUUAAACUGAGAGUUGUUCUAUUCAGCCCUUACUGAUGGGAGAGAGAAGCCUUUUGAUGCAACCACAGUAUUGUGGUCUGGAGGCAGGCUGCACUCUCUGAGCAUAUAAAGCCUUUUAAUUACAUCUGUUUGGUUAGACCUAAGCUUAUGGUUAAGAUUAGGAUAUAGAAUGAGCUUUAAAAAGAACACUACAGAGGUGUAAAGGAAGUGUAUGGACAAGCCCAUGACAGACCUGGACUGGGACCACCCCACACACCACUAUGAAAAUCCAAUUAGAAGUAAAACAUGUUUGGAGAUGUUUGCAGAUGCAGUUUUUACACCCGAGUGGUGUUAUAUGACAUGCUCAGACCGCAAGCACAGGUCUCUUAGCUCCAAUAGAAUUCAACCUGUUUAUCUGUAUAUGUAAAACAAACUCAUCUAUCUCCCAUGACUCUCUGAAUCAGUCACUCCAAACUGUUUCCCAAGCACUGGUCCUCAAUUAUUGACUUUACAACAUGGAACUUAUGUUGUUUUCUACUCACAACAGUUUGAUGUGUUUCCCAUGUGGUCAUUCUGGGCUAGCCCUGUUAAAUUUCCUGAUGGACAGUUUUUUAGGAUACAAUUGGUGAGAGACUGGUCACUCGUAAAGAUGAGUGUAGACCUCAGUAAUUCCUUCAGCAGAUAUUUCUUCUUUUGAAUUCUUCUAAUGUUUAUUUGAACUGUAUGAACUUUGAGAACAAUGCAGCUUUUUAAGAUCUAUUAUUGAUGCAUUAAUAUUGUUUUGUGAUUUUGUAUGACUGUGUAGUGCCAGUGUCUUUUCUGUGCUAUUUAAUAUUUUAUGUCAUUCUUUACUUAAGUUCAUACUUACUACGUCUUCCUGUUGCUGUUUGAUCAUGCUAAACAUAGCAGAGCAAAUGACUUUCUACGGCCAGUUUCUUUCAUUUUCCAUAGAGCUGAGAGUGUGGGCUACUUGGUGCUUCACAGGCAGUGGUGCUCUCAGGGACUUUUGACCUCAUCAAGAGUUAAAGAACAUGUGAUGUGAGUUAGGUCGCUUUAAGCUGUGGUCUAUACAUAAUGUCAUGAUGGAUCUAUACAUCUAUGAAAUAUAGUGUGUCUAGUGAUACAUAUUUCCUUGAGAAAAGUUGUGGAUAGACACUGGCUGAGUCAGUGGAAAACUCCAAUUCAAGAACAAGUCACAUUCAUUUAUCAUUACUGUGAAUCA